GACCAAAUACCAUCACCCAGUGAGCAGUGGCCGAUCGGCAUCCUUUGCUCAGUCAAUAAACGGCCUUCGUUGGUCUGAAAAUUACGUUCUCGUGGCAAUCUCGCGAGAACGGUCCACGCUGGCUUAUUGUCUAGCAUGAUGCUGUGAUCUAUCUCGACAAUAGCACUUCAUCUUCAUUGUAAUCUGUUGUAAGGCCAGUCUCUUGGUACCAGAAACUUAUGUUCAGCUGCGAUGGCGAAAGUUCCGUUAAACGAAAGAUGUUUCUCCGUGGAGAUUGUAGGUUUUCGAUGAAUAACUGGCCUUGAUAUCACAGUCGGUUCUCAGCCCUGGUAUCAUAUCUCAGCUAGUGAUAAUGGAGACAGAAGCACCACCUGCAACCUACGGCGCCAUGGAGGCUGACAAUGGCACGGUUACAUAUUCUCUUUCGGAAACUCAUAAUUCAUCGACCAGUAACACAACAAGAUUGGGCGGGAGGAGCGAAGAAUUGGCGAAAGUUGAAAUUGCCGUCCAGUCAAUUAUCCUUUAUUUUGCUAUUUUUGGUAAUUUGUUUGUGCUGAUCGUUUUGCGCCUGCGUAAACAGAAGCUUACCCGGAUGCAGUGUUUUAUUGUCCAUCUUAGUCUGGCUGAUAUUUUUGUGGGCAUUUUCAACGUUCUUCCACAACUGGUAUGGGAUAUCACUUAUCGUUUCUCUGGCAACGAUUUUCUUUGUCGAUCAAUGAAAUAUUUCCAACUGGUGGCAAUGUACGCAUCGUCAUAUGUGCUCGUAAUGACGGCAAUAGACAGAUAUGUCUCCAUUUGUCACCCCCUAACCAGCCAAACAAUGAAUCCAAAGAGAGUUCAUCUUAUGACUUUGCUGGCUUGGGGAUUAGCCCUUAUUUUUUCUAUUCCGCAAAUCAUAAUAUUUUCAAGAAAGGAGGUGUAUAAAGGUAUAUAUGAUUGCUGGGCGACGUUUGACCCGCCUUGGACAGACUAUCUGAACACGGUGUGGUCAUUUGUAUCCAUAUACGCCCUGCCGACCCUGCUUCUGGCGUUCUGUUAUGGGCGAAUCUGUCACGUGGUAUGGAUCAGUGUAGGUUCGAAGGAGGAUAACAGACUGAACAGGAAAAGAAAGAACAAGAGCAUCAUGUGGAGAAUAACGUUUAGAAAAAGUCAGAAUCAGCAGAACACCGAGGAUGAAACUGACCCAAAAUUGUUCAAAAGUAAUUCCAUGAAUCCACGAGGACAUGUGAGGUCAAUGUCAAAGUCAAAGGUCAAAACCAUUAAGAUGACCUUGGCAGUAGUCCUGUGUUAUGUCAUUUGCUGGACCCCCUUCUACACGGCACUCAUGUGGUCGACCUUUGAUGAAAAUGCACACCUUACCAGUACGUCGAUGACAAUCAUUCUCCUUUUGGCAAGUCUCAACAGCUGCACUAAUCCGUGGAUAUACCUGUGCUUCAGCGGAAGAAUAUGUGGAAAAGUAGAGCGUCGAAUGUCUCGCUCAUGGACACAAACCACGCAAGUUACCCACACAAAUGACUCAGAAAGUAGAUCCAGACAUUCAAACUACGAUAUAUCACCCCACACAUCACGUGACAUCAGUCCCUGGGCAAGGACAUCCAUGACUAGCUCGUGCUAGUGGAUAACAUCUACACGUGUUAUCUAAACACGACGAAGCCUUGUUUAUCCAGGAUGCGUGGGGUAAUGAAAUAUGUUUCGAGCUAUCAGUUUUUCGGGGAAGGGGUGAACUGACAUUUUGAUAUGACAAAGAUAUGCAUACGACAGUAAUUGUAUUCAUCUAUUACUUGUCUCAACAACCCAAUUCAGUCUACACAAGUUUACCAAGAGUGAGUAUGGAAAUUCUAAAAUGAAAUACGAUAUUGUUAUGUUGGGGACUCUGAAAACAUCAAUAUUAACACAUAAUUCUGAUUUUGUGAUAUUCAGGUUUAAAUAAGGCCAGGUAAAGAAACGUUGCCGGAACUGUGUCUCAGCGCCUUAGCAAUAUAUCAACGUACUAAAGUACUAGAGAAUGUUUCGCUCAAUGACCAAUGAUAGGUAUUUGGAAAUAUCCAUGUUAACUGUUGGAUGAGACUUGCACGUUUAAACUGAAAAGUAACUUUCUUCAUUUAUUAACUUGUUAUGUAAUUGAUAACAUACUCUACCAAUGUGUUCUUGUGCAAGGACGAUGAUACUUUUUUAUUUUGUUUCUUCUUAUUUUUACGCGUUUUAUGGAUGAAGUAGGUCAAUAGAUCUGCAGUCUGUUAACACGGGGACUAAAUUCAACCUGUACUUCAGUUUAUAUUUGGUGACUAUAAAUUAUUAUUUGUAUUUUCUUUGUUGACAACUGCAUAAUGUAUUUUCAACGAUUUACAUAAAUAUCGUAUUAUAAAGUAUACGCGAACAUAGGCCACGUUGGUCAUUUUAACAAAAUUAUUAUGUUUACCUCAGUGUCAUAAAUCUACUCAUAUCCAUACGUGGGUCACAAUGAAUAUGUUGUGUAAAUAUGGACACAGGUGAUUAGUCUAUAAUGUUUUAUGUGUUUUAAAAUAACCCUUUUCCGUUGUAAAUGGUCGAUAUGUAUACUGACGACCCUAGUUACCCGCACAGUAACACUGUCGUUGCACUGAUAAUAGGGUUACAUUGACAUAAGGUGUUUUGUGUCUGCCUGUGAUGUUAUGUUCAGUCAGUGGAAAUAGUUAUAUCAGUGAUUGAUUGUGGUAGGAAUAAAAAUGAUCAUGUUUAAUCAAUCGUCUGAAAUAAUUGCACAAACCAAUAUGUCUUAUCGAAGAACGGAUGCUGCUUCAAUCAACACUUGAAGAAACACGAAGUGCUUAAGGUUUAGUAGUGUACAAAAUCUACAAUAUUUACUCAUGUUCAGAUCUAAUUUACAAACUUUAGUCAGAUCAUUGAAUGACCAGCACCCCAUGAAUACAACUUGACAAAGCAGAAGAAAAUCAGAUAAUAGCGUGUUGGUUGUUCUUUAAUACAUUAGAAAAAAAUCAACUUCUUUCUCGGAAAGGAGUAUGUUAAACACGUUUCUACCAGGGUUCUUAGUUUGUAAUCCCCACCUACACGUCUGUAAGUAUACUGCCUUCCUUACACAGCCAAUUACGUCUUCUCCAUGUACAUCCGUUUGUAAAGCAUGUCUACCAAAAUACUUUUAAUAUACAUUCUAUGAAUACAAAUACAAUUUCUAACCACACAUAAUUUCUUAUUCAAAGUAUUAAUUUACUUCAAUAAAGCAAUUAUAGUUGCUUAAGUUGUGAAUCAACUCAUUGCUCGAUCACAUCACGAAUAUUUGGGUAUCAGCUUUAAAUACUAGUACAUAAACUACCUUUUUCACUUUACAGCCUUCACAGUACACAGCUAAUGGUAAAUAAUCACCCACAUGUGUAUGGGGGGACCUUACGUAAUUACUCCCAACAUUCACCUGUACGCUCACAUGUAUUUUCAUGUUUACUGCAACUGGCAUACUGUGAUCAAAUGUUUAAUGUCUACUCCUGGAAAAAUGUCAUCUAUACAAAUGUUUCAGGCAUGUCAGUUCUCUCAACUUCAAGCAUCUUCUCCUGUUAACCGAUGUAUUGUAUUGAGUCUUACCCUUGGCCUUUAUUUGUAUAUUUGUUGUUUGGUUGCCCGGUUAAAGCCACCAUACGAAUUUCAUAGCCCCGGUCUUAUAUUUACAUUUAUAAACGCUAAAAAGGAUUUUGCUCUACCUGACGAGGUGUCGAUGGAUAUUGUCCUAUAUUAAUGCUGCCGGUAUUCAACAAGAAACUUUCCAAGGUACAGAUUUCGAGAACAUAUAUGAAAUAAAUGAGUUGAUGAUUUCAGUAAUAUUGUAAAAUAUUGUGAACUGUGAGAUUACUGCCAUGACAAUGGUGUUUUGAUGCUCAAAGUAAACUGUAUUAGUGUUGAAUUUAUCUGUAUAUAACUGUCUGUUACUUCUCUGUGAACUCGUCUAUGUUUUGUUUUAAUCGUUGAUGAAUAAACGUUUAUUAACCUAAA